AUGGGAACCCCCGGGCAAUAGGUGGAUCAUGGGGCCCCUGUGUCCUUGCCCAAACUCUAAAAAGCCUGUAUAAAAAGGUAAAGGGGCAUCUCAUGGGGCCCCCUACUGACCCCAAAUAUUCACUGUGGACUGCCCAGUUUCCAAAUGUUCCAAAAGUCCGUAUAUUCCAAGCAGGGGCGGACUGACAACUCAUGGGGCCCCCGGGCAAUAGGAGAUCAUGGGGCCCCUGUGUCCUUGCCCAAACUCAAAAAAGCCUAUGAAAAAGUUACCAGGGGCAUCUCAUGGGACCCCAUACUGACCCAGGGCCCUCGGGCAGUGCCCAAGUUUCCAAAUGGUCAGUCCGCCCCUGAUUCCAAGUGAACCUUAGUGCAGAAUAUUUAAAAUAUA